UGACCGCCGCCACAAAGCGCAGGUCAGAGCACGGCCGGCCGACGCGGCGGACGACACGCUCCGGCGGGAUGAACUCGUCUCGAGCUGGGGCCAACCUGGCGCCAGAACAUGAAGAGAAACCUCCCGCUUCAGACAUGAAGGACCAGGAACAGGACAGGCAGAGGCUCUGGAUCGCCACAACAGAACGGCGAUACCUAGAAGCGCUGAUCGACGAAGCCAGUCAGCAGCUGGCGCUCAGGGACAGCUUUAUUCAGGAGCAGGAGGAAAGCUUGCAUCAGAAACACUGUCGGCAGAGUACGGACAGUGACCUCCCGGAGCUCUGCGACCACGUGCUGUCAGCCUCUGAAUUUCUCAGCGCCACGUUCGACGCAGUAGUGCGUCGGUGCCAGACGUUAACGUGCGAGAGCGUCACGCCGAUGGCCGGGCGCCGCACGCGGCAGGCGCCGGACGGCGGGCUCUGCGCGGCCCCGGCUGCUGCGCCGCUCGGAUCCUCUCCAACGGCGCAGCGCGGAAGAGACGGCGACCGCCAGCCGGCGGGCGUCGCCGUGCCAGCGGCGUCACGCGGCGCCGUAUCACGAGACGGGGCGCCGCUGGGGCGCCGGUGCGACGUCGCGUCGACGCCGACGAUGCAGACGACGCCGACGCAGACGGUAGAUGACCCACUGCCGGCGGAGCUGGAGGCGUGUCUGCAGCAGAACGCGCUGCUGGCGGACCGGUGCGAGGAGCAGGCGGACCUGCUGCGCGAGCAGACCGAACUAAUGCACAGGCUGCAUAGCCAGCUGAGCCGUAGCGCCACCGAGAACGAGCGCGUGCAGCGUCAGCUGCGGCUGGUGAACGCGCUGUUCGAGCAGCUGCAGCGGCAGGAGGCCGAGGGAGAGGCGGCACUCGAGGCUAGCCGCCGCGCCGAGUCGAGCGCCGCGGAGCCGUCCGAGCCGGGCGUGCCGGACGCCGACCAGCCCAACGGCCUUGUGGAGCGCGUGGACACGCCGCACGGCCGGCGCCUCGUCAUCCACGUCAGCAAGACGUACCUGCGCCUGCGCGACCUCAUCCUGGAGAAGCGCGCCCUCCUCAGCGAGAUCGACAAGCUGAAGGGCUUCAACGUGCAGCUGGAGCGUCGCCUGAAUCGGCAGGAGCAGCGGCUGUCGAGCGUGGCGGCCGAGCUGCACAGCACCUGGGGCCUCGUGACCAAGCUCAAGAUCCAGCACGCCCAGCUGCACACGACCGAGUCCGUGCUGCGCUACGAGCUGCGCGAGAAGCGCCGCCUGCUGAACCGGCUGCGCGACGAGCUGGAGGGCUCGCGCCAGCGCUCGGCGCUCGCCAGCCGGCUCAACGCCGAGUCGGAGCUCGAGUGGCGCGCGCUGCGCCGCGAGCUCGACCAGCGCAAGCGCGAGCUGGUGCGCCAGCCUCACGUGGAGGAGGAGGAGCCGCCAGUGCAGGCGAGCGACGUGGAGAGGGACGGUGUGGCGGGCGAGCACACCAUUGGCAGCGUCUCGCCGGAGCCCGAGCACGAGGAUACACCGGACUCAUCGGAGCUGCCGGAGUCGCCGGGCUCUGUGGAUUCGUCCGAGCUGCCGGAUACGGCGGAGGCGCGUGACUCGAGUGGGCCGCGCCCGGCCGGCCGCCUGCGCACCCUCGAGCACCAAUGUCAGGAGCUGUACACGCGGCUGGUAUCGACCACGGCACGCCAGGUGGCGCUGAGCUCGCGGCUGGCCGAGCUGCACACGCUGCACGGCACCAGCGAGACGGCCUCGCUGGCCAGCACUAGCACCGACACGGCCUACGCCAGCAGCGAGCCGCAGCAGACGCCGUCCGAGGCUGAGGCCGACGAGCUGCCAAACUAUGCGCGCAUGCGCACGGAGCGUAGCGAGCACCGGCGCCGCGGCCGCGAGGAUAGCACGGCCAAGCGGCACCUGGAGCAGCGCGUGCAGGAGCUGGAGCUGCGCGUGCAGCAGGAGCAGGCGCUCCGGAUGCAGCCCGGUCCUUACUUCACGGAGACAGUCGGUAUGUCAGACGCUGCCGAGAAUUCUGAGACGCCACCAGACAACAGCGCCCCAGCCGCCUGUAGCGGUGUUGCGAACAAUGCCCGCCUCAGCGGGAGCAGCGCCACCGUCGCGGCAAGCAGCACACACGGCUCUGACGCGUCGGAGGCUACGCUCGUGGAGUCGGGCGGUGACGCUGGCCCGUUGGAGCCAGCUGACACCACUCUCACGGACCGUCACCUCGCAUCGACGGGAGGCAGCCCCACGGCUCGAAACGAGAUAACGAUCACGGAACACAGUGAAGCCUCCGGGCAGGAAGAAGUCGACGUCACAGAGCGAAGGGAAGAAGCUGUCACAGGGCGCAAUUACGCCAAGGAACAGGACGUGGCCCCUGUCACAGCGAGGAGCGCGGCCAUGGAGCGGAGAGAAGCCACUGACACAGAGCGGAGAGGAGUCACGGCCACAGAACGAAACGACGUCACGGAACAGGCCGUGCCCACUGCUGCAAGGCGGAGCGAAGCAGCGGAGGCGGACAACGACACAGGCAGAAGCCACGACCAGGAACGGAACGAGUCAGACCAGCCUGGGGAGGCCUGGCAGGGGAGCGCCGCGGAGCAGGCCGCGGUGCCGAGCGGCAGCGGCAGCGCCGCGGCCGGGGCGACGGGCAGCGAGCCGGGCGAGUCCGAGUUCGGGCGACUGCAGCGCCACCUGACCGACGCCAGGGCACAGCUGCGCUCCGUCCAGGCGGACUGCAGCACGGCCAGGCGGGAGCUAGAGCGGAUGCAUGCCCAAAUGAGCAGCGACGACCUCGCCCGGGCUCCACCCGCCAAGGAUUUGAAGGAGUCGGCGCACGCUUCUGACGAACUACAGGAUUGUCGCCCCGCGGUGUGCUGCGCAUGGCACGGUGGACGCAUGAACUACGAGGAAUUCAAAAGACGUCUGGCCGGCCCGCUCGACCGCCGGCCCGCGUCCGGUACGGCCGGCAAACACCGGACCCGGCGCCUCGCCAGCUGCCAGAGCUGUCAGGCCCCGUUCCGUUUGCUGACCGCCCGCCGACACGGCUGCCGCUCCUGCGCCGGUGUGUUCUGCAGGGGGUGCGCCUGCGUCGUGAUCCACCAGGCGAGGCGGAAAGUGAGAAUCUGCGUGGAAUGCUUCUACAAGCUCACUCAGCCGUCACAGUCUUCGGAAAAGGACCCACGAGGCGAAGAAGGUGUUUCCCGCUGCGCCGACAGAGCGCGGCUGUCCGGAGGCUGUGCUGACGUCACAGUUGAAGAGCUACCUGCCUAG